CAGCAUUCUGGCAGUGAUGACCUCCGCACAUACCAUGCCUCUCGCAAAGAUUACCUUCGUCCCUCUCCAGAAGUGGAGAAGAGGAAACACAAGACACUCCUGGUGCAGAGCCCCGAUCCCUACUUCAUUGAUGUGAAAUGCCCAAAAUGCUGUAAAAUGACCACGGUCUCCAACCAUGCACAAACGGUCAUUUUGUGUGUUGGCUGCUCCAGUGUCCUUUGCCAGCCUACAGGAAGGAAAGCAAGGUUUAUAGAAGGAAGCUCCUUCAGGAGGAAGCAGCACCAAACACCUGGAAGCAAGAUGAGUAGGAAACCAUUCCACACAUAAAUAUACUCUGGGUUAAAUAAAUAACAGAGAAAAAAAAAACACAAAAAAAUUCUGUAGAGGUGAGGAGGGAGGAAAGUGUGAGAAGGUCCAAUGUAUGACUAACUAAAGCUCCAAAAGAAAAAGAUAGAAAAAUGGUAGGAAAGGGUAUAUGAGGACGGCCAUUGGCUGAGAAUAUUCUAGAACUGAUUAUAGACUCCAAGCAAGUGCAAAACCCAAGAAGAAUAAGAGGAACCACUACCUAAAAAGAUCAUAGAGUAACACCAAAGGCUGACGACAGAAAGUGCCAGAAGCAGCCAUAGAAUAAAGACAUUGCCUAUAAAGGGAUCAUAAUUAGACUGCGAACUGACGAGAACACAGAGUGUGCCAGACAACAGUGAAAUGAUACCUGCAAGGUGCUGAGGGUAAAUAGCUGCCAGUACCCUGUGAACUGAACUUUAACAACGGGAGCGGAUAGGCUGGGGGUGCAGCCCGGUGGUGAAGAUCCUGGGGUCCAUUCCCAGCAACAGAAGAGGCAGGAGCAGGAGAGAGGAUGAAAGCCUUUUUUGGUGUUUUCAGUUUUUUUAUUUCAUUAGUUUAGCUGCUUACAUUGUGGUGUUGUUAUUUUUUAAACAGGGUCUCACUGUGCAGUUCAGGCAAGCCUUGAACUCACUAUGUAGCUCAGAUUGGCCUCAAACUCAUGGCAAUGCUCCUGCAUCAGCCUCCCAAGUGCUGGAUUAUAGGCAUGUGACAUUAAAGACAUUUUUUACACAGAUAGGACCAGUUUGCCAUUAACAAACACUCAGUAACAGAACCUCUACAGGAUGUGAUUUAAGACGUAAAUCCAUUCACCAGACAUACCAGGAUGUUCAGAGCAGCAUUUAAUAGCAAAAGACACAGAUUAGGUCUGUGGAUGUGACACACUGAUAGAGCUUAUAUUUAGCAUGCAGGAAGCCUGGGGUUCAAUCCCCAACACCACUUACGCACAGAACCAAAAGAAACAUAGAUUAUACAUCAACAGUAGAAAAGUUGUGGUAUCUUUAUGAAUGGAUAACAGUGUUAAGGAGGAACUAGCAUGGAUGAAUCUAAAACAUAAUUCAAGCAAAAAGGGCAAAUCACUAUACAGUUCCAAAGAGGCAAUGUUAGAAAUGGCAAUGUAUGCUUGUAAUCCUAGCAUUUCGGGAGACACAGGCAGAGAAUCUCAAGUUUGAGCCCUGCAUGGGCAACUUAGUGAUUUUACAAUACUCUGUUAAAAAAUAAAAAGGAAGCUGGGGAUUUAGCUCAGCGGCAUAAGCGUCUGCCUUGCAAGCAGACGGUUGUGAGUUCGUUCCCCGGUACCAAUAAAAAUGAAAAAGACAAAAAAAAAAAAUAAAUAAAUAAAAAGGAAAAAAAAGUUUAAAAAGGAACUAGGGUAUAGCUCAGUGUAAAUUCAGGCCCUGGAUUCAGUACUACCACCAAAAAAAAAAGACAAAAAUUUAAAAUAUUAGAUGAUACAGAAUGAAACUCUGCAAGGAAAUUGAACAGAAUUGAGAACAGUGAUUCAUUCCGAUGGGGACACCACACUUAGACUAACUCUUACUUGGGCUGCUGAAAGCCUGAGUGGGUGUCUUUCAUUACCUUUCAUGACAAACAUUAUUUUUUGUGCGUAUGACUUGUUUUUUGUUUUUUUUGUCUUUUUCCUUAUCGGUACUGGAGAUCGAACUCAUGACUGCCUGCUUGCAAGCUUAUGCCGCUAAGUUGAAUCCCCAGCCCCUGACCUGUUUUUUUAAAAAGAGGGUGAUGUGGUGCCCACUUCAUCUACACGUCAAAUGAGAAAUCUUCACUUCAGUUCAGCACAUUUAUAGCGAGCUAAGCACUUGGUCUGCACUUCCCCCUCAUUCAGCACAGUCUGCCUUAGCCACCCAAGUGCUGGGAUUAGAAGUGUGCACCGCCAUGCCCAGCUGGAGGAGCCCCCUUGACAUGAUCUUCACCUCUUAGUAGUAUCACAUUAGCUUCUAAGUCUACAUACCUGAAUCUUGAAGGAGACAGUGAGCCAUGGCCCCUGGCAGAGCGCUGCAGAUACAAGGUAGGUGCUUACUCCUGCCUCUGUU